AUGUGGGCAUAUGCUCAUGAUGAGGUGCACUGGGCCUUGGAAUGGACCAAUCACACGCCAAUCCCCCGCGUUGGUGUGCACCUUCCCUACAUGCAGCCCUUCCGCGUCGCCACAAAACACAGCGGCAACGCGCCACGUGUCAUCAAGACGUACAUCCAGGGGGGGGCUCAUUUCUCGUACGAGGGUGUGUGCCAUGCGCUGCCUGCUGGGGAGCUCCCUCGGUGUGAUGAUGUGAACCCCUUUUCUCAGCGGCAGAUAUGGCAGUAUGCCAUGGGUUGCGGCCCCGUCGCCGGCCCUAUUGGCCCCGUCGCUGCCCCUAGCGGCCCCGUCGCCGCCCCUAGCGGCCCCGUCGCCGCCCUUCACGGCCCCAUAGCCGCCCCUAGCGGCCCCGUCGCUGCCCUUCGCAGCCCCGUCGCCGCCCUUCGCGGCCCCGUUGCCGCCUCUAGCGGCCCCGUCGCCGCACUUCGCGGCCCCGUCGCCGCCUCUAACGGCCCCGUCGCUGCCCUUCAUGGCCCCGUUGCCGCCUCUAGCGGCCCCGUCACCGGCCCUCACGGCCCCUUCAGCCGCCAAGCAGCCGAGCCGCCGAGCUACCGAGCCGCUGGGCCGCCAAGCCGCCGAGCCGCCGCACCGUCGAGCCGCCCAGCAGCCGAGCCGCCCGGCAGCCGAGCCGCCGAGCCACCGAGCCGAGCCACCGAGCCGCCGAGCCACCGAGGCCGCCGUCGAGCCGCCACUACCGAGCCGCUGCCGCCGAGCCGCCGUCGAGCUGCUACUGUUCCUACCGACGCGCCCCGGCCCUACCCACCCGGACUGGUGAGAGCACUCCCUGCUAGACCACUGCUGUCAUGGCUACCCCCACUGUCCUUACCUUUGAUGCUGAGGGCCGUGCUAUUGACUUUGAGGUCUGGGUCGAUGACCUCCAGCUCUUCCUCCAGUGCGAUAGGGCAGACGGACUCUCCCUGUUUGAUCUCACCUCUGAUGCCUCUCAUACCCCGCCUGCUGAUGCCGACAGCACUGUUCGCUCACAAUGGGCCCACACGAUGCUACUGCCCGUCUUGCUGUGCGUCGCCACUUACCGACCGCUAA